AUUGCCAACCAAAAUCAUCAAUUUUUAAUAUUAAUGAAAAAAGGAAAAACAAUUGCUAUUACUAUGCUUUAUUCUUGUUGUUUCCACGCCUACACUCCUUUCCCCUCUUCCACUUUAGUCCCAACUUUUUCCAACUAUAACUAAUCAAAUCCCCUCAUCCCACGCACAUUGCAAUUCUCUUCUCAGCCUUGAUAUUUUCCAUGUAAAGUUUGAAAUAACCUUGAGGUGGGGAUGACAAAGUUGUUUCUUUUUUAUUCACACCUAAUGGGUUUUGCUCAACUUCCAUUGAAAUUCUAAGUGAUGAUCAUUUGGGCAUUCGGUAUCACUGUGUCUGCCUGCACCACACACUACAUAUGUUUAGGAGACUAGGAUGGUUUGUGGGUUUGGAUCAAACCAAUUUGUCAACCAAAAGGUUGUCCAAUGUCCACCACCAACCUCCCUCUGAUAAGUCAAAUCACCAACUCCCUAUGCUGGAUGCUGUUUACGAAGUUGCUGUUUACAUUCACAGGUUUCACAAUCUCGACCUUUUCGAACAAGGAUGGUACAGAAUCAAGGUUACCAUGAGAUGGGAGGACGAUGACGACUCCUAUCCCGGGAUUCCUGCACGGGUUGUUCAGUAUGAAGCUCCUGAAGUUAGCGCUGACAAUUUUUGUGGAGUUUGGAUGAUUGAUGAUAAAGAUAAUAGUUUUUCAACACCAUCAUUCCGGAUCAGAUAUGCGAGGCAGGAUGUAUUUCUUUCUAUAAUGAUCUCAUUCUAUCUAUCUUAUGGCGUACAUGAGGCGAAAUCCUCUGCUGUUAUCUUGAAGUUUGAGCUCUUUCACACUCCAACACCUGAAAUGGGGCCAGAGAUACAAAGUCCAUUGAAUGCAUGUGCAGCUUCAGCUCAUGAGUAUAGAAUCCCUCCUAAAGCUCUUCUGGGAUUGCAUUCAUAUUGUCCUGUAUAUUUUGAUGCAUUCCAUGCAGUUCUUAUUGAUACUAGUGUUCAUAUCAGUCUACUAAAAUCUGGUUAUCGCACACCACAACUGAAGGUACCAAGUAAUUCUUUGGCUUCUGAAGGAACUCACCGCGAAGACUACCUUAGGUUAAACAAGGCUGCGCUCGUCAAAGAAUUGAUGGCUGCACAUGAUAUCCUGCUUGAUGACCUUUUAAGAAUAAGCAGAGGAAUUAAACAAGCUAUUGAUUUAGUUGGAAUUAAUUUUGAGCCAGAUGUCACUAAGUCAUUAAAUUCUCCUUCUCCUGCUCAUGAGAAAAAUACUGAUGAUGGGAAAUUACUUAUACUGUCUGAUGGGACAAAAGCCAAUGCUGAGUCUUGGGAUGAUAUGCUAAACUCAUUCCAGUCUAUUGGGAAUCAGCUCUUAUAUAUCUGGAAUACAUUUCUGAAAUUCCACAGGGAAAAUAAAACAAAGAUAAUGGAAUUUCUGCGUAACUCAUGGGCUAACGAUCGAAGAACUGAGUGGUCAAUAUGGAUGAUGUACUCCAAGGUUGAUAUGCCUCACCAGUACAUGAGUAAUGGAGUUGAAGGGACAUCAUUGUAUCGUAGCUUACGUGGUGGUAGAUUAGCAAGUACAAGAAGGUUUAAUGAUGAUCCCAUUCAGACUGCAACAAUGCGAGCCGAACUUCAUAGACGUGGUAUAGCACAAAUGAAGAUCAACAAUCGAUCACUUCAAGACAUGUAUAUAUAUGAAGAUCCUUUGCGUGUUCCUAUCAUUAUUGUAGAACGCUUGGAGAACAUGUACCGUUCUACCAAUGUGAAGUCGCAUUUCCUUCCUUUUGAGGACGAAGAUAAACAUAUCCUGGAAAAUGGAUCUAAAGCCGUAAUUAAGUUGCCUGGGAAUCACCCACAACAAAAUGAGUAUGUUUUGAGAGUAGUUGUUUUUGUUCACGGGUUUCAGGGACAUCAUUUAGAUUUACGGCUUAUUCGGAACCAGUGGCUUUUAUUAGACCCCAAAAUACAUGUUCUUAUGUCUGAGUCAAACGAAGACAAAACAUCUGAAGACUUCAGAGAAAUGGGAUUGCGGCUUGCUCAGGAAGUGAUCUCUUUUUUGAAAAAGAAGAUGGAUAGAGCUUCAAGAGUUGGAAACUUGAAAGAUAUUAAGAUUAGCUUUGUUGGUCAUUCUAUUGGAAACCUCAUUGUGAGAGCAGCUUUGGCAGAAAGCAUCAUGGAGCCAUAUCUAAGAUACUUGUGUACAUACGUUUCUAUAUCUGGUCCGCACUUGGGUUAUAUGUAUAGUUCGAACUCUCUAUUCAAUUCAGGAUUGUGGCUCUUGAAGAAGAUCAAGGGCACACGAUGCAUCCACCAACUAACUUUCACUGAUGAUCAUGAUCUUGAGAACACCUUCAUCUACAAUCUUUCAAAGAAGAAGACACUGACAAACUUUAAGAAUGUGAUUCUUUUAUCCUCACCUCAGGAUGGUUAUGUUCCAUAUCACUCUGCCAGAAUAGAACUGAGUCCAGCAGCUACGUUGGACUAUUCCAAACAAGGGAAAGUGUUUCUGGAGAUGUUAAAUAAUUGCUUGGACCAACUUAGAACUAACUCUGACCAUCGUGUUGUCAUGCGCUGUGACAUUAACUUCGGAACCUCCUCCUACGGCAAGAGGAGCUUCAACACACUUAUUGGACGUGCUGCUCAUAUUGAAUUCUUGGAGUGUGACAUUUUUGUCAAGUUCAUAAUGUGGUCUUUUCCAGAGCUGUUUUGUUAGUAUUAGAAUACCAGGAAAUUUGCAUGACACAUCACUUCCACAACUCAGUGAAUAGAUUCAUUGUGAAUACUGCAUUGAGAUCAUAGCACUACUUAAUUAUUUUUUGCGUUGGAAUUAGCAUGCACAACCAACACCAUGUGUAGGAUUAGGAAAAUAGGCAAAACCUUGUAUACAAAACCAUUGGAAUUCAAAGAAUUUUGUUCUAAAAGUCAAAACUAUCUCUUUUAUACA